AUGACGAUCAGGGCGAUCGAGAAGGUCUCCGUGGGCCGGAACGGCGUCGGCGCCUUCAUUCUCCAGUGCAAGAGGAUAGAAAUCCUCUACUGCGACUAUUCCGGGAGCUCGCGGGGAAUGAACUCCUUCAUCAAGUCGCAGCUCUACAAGUUCGCCUCGUUGCACCCGCAGAUCGAGUUCGCGGUGUCGCCGCGCCCGCGGAAGCACCCGGUCAUCACUGGCUACUACAUCAACGGCGCGACCAAGUCCAUAUGCGUCAAGAACCUGGACUCGCUCCAGAUCCUGAAGAAGAUGCAGUCCCUGCGCGACGCAAGCGGCGAGAAGGUCAAGAGGGUCAACAAGCCCGUCACGAGUAUCAACGAGAGCGUGAGAGGCAUCUGGAGUCCUUUCCACGGCCCUGGCAUGCAGACGGCCACCAAGACGUAG